AGUGUGUGCUUUUCUGCGUGCGAGUGUGUGUUGAACUGAGCGGAGGUGAAGAAGAGGAGGAUGAAGCUGGGAGCGGAGGAUGGGAGGAAGAGUGGACUCUGCUUGUUGUGCCCGGAGCCGGCUUUGUUUCGCGGCGGGGGUGUCUACGAUAAAUGAAGGAAUAAAAUAGAUCCCAUCGACCUUUUUCUACCCAAUCGGGGAAUACCCUGGGACUGCUUUUGAUAAAGAUUACGAGAGAAUGGCGGCCAACAUGUACCGAGUGGGAGAUUAUGUGUACUUUGAGAACUCCUCAAGCAACCCUUACCUGAUCCGCAGAAUAGAAGAACUCAACAAGACAGCCAAUGGGAAUGUGGAGGCGAAGGUGGUGUGUCUGUUCAGGAGGCGAGACAUCUCAGGCAACCUCAACACCCUGGCUGACAGCAAUGCAAGAGAAUUUGAGGAGGAAUCAAAGCAACCGACACUGUCUGAACAACACAAACACCAGCUCAAACACAGAGAACUCUUCCUGUCUCGACAGUUUGAAUCUCUACCUGCUACUCACAUACGGGGUAAAUGUAACGUCACCCUCCUCAAUGAAACAGACGUCUUGGCCACCUACCUGGAUAAAGAGGACUGUUUCUUCUACUCGUUGGUUUUCGACCCAGUCCAAAAGACCCUGCUGGCGGACCAGGGCGAGAUCCGGGUGGGCUCUAAGUACCAAGCAGAGAUCCCUGACAAGCUAGCUGAGGGUGAAUCAGACGGCCGGGUCCAGGAGAAGCUGGAGACCAAGGUGUGGGACCCCAGCAACCACCUCAAAGACCCUCAGAUCGACCAGUUCCUGGUGGUGGCAAGAGCUGUGGGGACAUUCGCCCGGGCCCUGGACUGCAGCAGCUCCAUCCGCCAACCCAGCCUACAUAUGAGUGCAGCUGCAGCCUCUAGAGACAUCACACUGUUCCAUGCUAUGGACACGUUGCAGAAGAACAACUAUGACCUGGCCAAAGCCAUGUCCACCCUGGUUCCUCAGGGGGGUCCGGUGCUCUGCCGCGAUGAGAUGGAGGAGUGGAGCGCCUCAGAGGCCAUGCUGUUUGAGGAGGCUCUGGAGAAAUACGGCAAAGACUUCAACGACAUCCGCCAGGACUUUCUGCCCUGGAAGUCUCUAGCCAGUGUGGUCCAGUUCUACUACAUGUGGAAGACUACCGACCGCUACAUCCAACAGAAGCGACUAAAGGCAGCAGAGGCGGACAGCAAGCUGAAGCAGGUGUACAUCCCCACCUACACCAAACCCAACCCAAACCAGAUCAUGGUGCCAGGCAGCAAGCCUGGCAUGAACGGGGCAGCAGGCUUUCAGAAAGGACUCAGCUGUGAGAGCUGCCACACGGCCCAGUCGCCUCAGUGGUAUGCCUGGGGGCCUCCCAACAUGCAGUGCAGGCUGUGCGCCUCCUGCUGGAUCUACUGGAAGAAGUAUGGAGGCCUGAAGACCCCCACACAGCUAGAGGGCGCUGCAAGAGCUGGCUCUGAGUCAGGCCCCCGCGGUCACAUGACACGCCAGGAGGUCCAGGGUAUGUCGCCAUUCACCCGCAACGAGGGUCGAGCCAAGCUGCUGGCCAAGAACCGGCAGACAUUCAUCCUGCAGACCACCAAGCUGACCCGCGUUGCUCGGCGGGUUUGUGAGGACAUCCUGCAGCCUCGCCGUGCCGCACGGCGGCCCUACGCCUCCAUCAAUGCCAACGCUGUCAAGGCUGAGUGUAUUAUCAGGCUGCCCAAAGCCACAAAAACACCCAUAAAGAGCAAGUUGGUGCCUCGACAGUCAUUGGCCACCAUAGUGAAGGAUUUAGCCAUCUCAGCUCCUCUGAAACUGAAGGCUUCGAGAGGACCCCCGACACCCAUCAACAGGAAUCAGGCCAGCCAGCCCCGUGUGGGCCAAAGCCUGCUGGGAAAAAGAGUUUUUGACAGCGCUGCAGGGGUGCCAUACCCAGCCAAUGGGAGGCCGUAUACUUCAGGUAUGAGGACCACCUCUCAGUCGGUCAUCAAGCGUCAGAAGGUCAGCCAGGGAGAAGCACCCAACCCUGUGGUGUUUGUGGCUACAAAGGACACCAGGGCUCUGAGGAAACAUCUGACCCAGUCAGAGAUGCGUCGGGCAGCGAGGAAACCUCAUCUCCUCGUCCGGAUCAAGCUGCCACCGCCCCCCCGCUCCCUGGCCAUGCCCCUGCUUCCUUCCAGCACCAGCGAACCAAUCGUCCUGGAGGACUGAAGGGGAGGGACUGGGGGGUCUUUUAACGGGACAUGGGGGUUGGGUGGGAGUUGGAGAGGGUCUGUGCUCGGGCCGUCACCUAACAGGCAGCACAGUACGCCAUACCAGUAGUCUUUUAUUUUCCCUCUUUUCAGCGUCAUUUUUCUUUAGUCCUCUGUUGCUUCCCAAAAGUUGUCCAACUCACACACACACACACACACACACACACACACACAAGCACUUAGAUGACUGUACAUUUCUAUCAUAUUGAACACACACUGACACUCACACAACAGUGUUGGGCUUUGUAGUAUUUUAUUCCAGAUCCUGAAUUAUUUUGCUCCCCUUUUCAAUACCACCUGUGUUUAAAUGUGUAAUUUAAAUCAAGAUAUCUCUCAUCCUGAAACAAUGGUGAUAAAGCACACUUUGUUUUUCCUCCACGUCUCAGUUUUGUGUAAAUAUAUACAUCAUUAAAGGGGUGAGACCCACAGUAUGUGAGGUGAAUGGUGGUAGAGAGGUGGAAAUGGGAGACUCUGGGACAGCUGUAGCAGGCUGAAGGUCUGAUUUUAUUUGAAGAUUUCACUCAUACACACUUCUAUUGAGAGAUGUCCUCAGUCAGUGUGAACACGUGUUUAAUCCACCUACAUCCCUUUUACUUUUCUCUCCGAGUCUGUAACUUGUCAGCUUUUUCUGUCUUCGGUCAGGAGCCAAACACAAGCCGGUUGGAGUGUUUAAUAAAUUCUGACAGGCCCUAGAGGUUCACCCAAUCUGUACCGCUUAUUAUUUUACAUACUAUGGACGUCCACCAGUGUCAAAAAUAUUUGGUGAGCACAAAACAACUUGAGCAGUGUGAAAGUCCAGGUUUUAAAGUGUGCAGAGACAGGUGUGCAAGUACAGAACAAAGCUGUAGACAAAAGUGAAGAUGGAAUGUAGAGUGUAAUUAAUGUUUUGAGUUGGCAAAGUAUUGUACUAUAUUUAAACAAGCAGUAGGGCUUGGUUUGCCCAUUAGUGUCACACAGUCAUUAGACACUCAAAGUGUCACCCUGUUACACCAUGCCUUCUUAGAAAUAAUUUCAGUUUCCUUUUAUUGUCAUUUUAUUUAUUAAAAAUGCCCAUCGCAGUUCAAGCCCAAAGGGGACGUCUUCAAUUGCUUGUUUUGACCAGCUGAUAGUCCAAAACGCAGAUCAGUUUACUAUGACUUAAAUAAUUUAAAUGAGUAAUCAGUCCUCAAAACUGUUGAAGUCAGCUGAAGUAAAUAUGGGCAUAACAGCUACACGGGUUAUAUUAAGUUGUUUAACUUUUCUCUUGCUUUCAGAAUCUACCCAAACGUGUAAAUUAGAGUAAAUUUAAAACUGAGACUAAAACUGUGCACAAAUUCAGGAUUUUGGUGUCUUUACUGAUCCCUGUCUGUCUACUUCUUACUAAUCCUGGCAACCUUAAAUAGUUGAUACAAUUCAGAAUCUACCCAGACAGGUGGAUCACACCUUAUCUGACAUACUUAUCUUGACAUAACUGCUUACAUUUGUUUUAUGCUCACUUGAUAAUUUUGUUAAUAAUAACCCUCCACUUUCGCCAAGCAUCACAGAAGUAAGUGAACAAGAGUUGCUGUUGCAGUCAAGCAACAUUUCUUUUGUCUGCUGACAGUUGAUUGCCACGCUUUCAUAGGCACUCUUAGCCGGUUUAAAGAGAACCUGCUGUUCUCUUGACCUCACACCAAGCAGUUUGAACAGGCAGUCUGGACUCAAGGGGAACAGGAUUAUUUCUCAAAGAAGUCUGGAGGUUUACAGUGUAGGAGGGAUCAUAUGGAGUAUUUGAGGAAAUUCAAAUAAUUGUGCUUACCGUGGAUUUACACAAGUUACUGUGUGACUUGCCAUGAUGAGAGAACACAUUUGGCUUUGAGGUACUGUUUUGAGUCUGCAAAUGUCCAAAAUAAAGCCAUAAUGUAAAAAAAAAUGAUAAGGUUGACGUCCACUGUGAGUGGACACUUUAACCCUGAAGUAAGGGUAGACUAAAGCCUCAGCAUUUCUGACAAUGUAGAGUUUAGUUGGUUUGAAAUGAAACUGACGCAAUUAUGUUACUGGUCAGUUAAUAGUCUGUUAAUAAAGCAGCAAUAUGUAAAUGUACGAAAGACAAUUAGGGCCAAAAAAAAGUACUGAAAUUAAUGUUCAAAAUUGCAAAGUGACGUAAAUUAAAGUUGUAGUUUUCCUCCAAAUAUUGACUCAUUGAGAAACGUUUUCAUAUGGCCUUAAUCCUCUGUAAAUGUCUGAUGCAGAACAGAUGUGACGUUUAUGAUGUUUGGGUAUAACGAUGUGAAAGAAAUCUUCAGCUGUUUCAACUUUUGCUUUAUUUAAUUCCUCCUGUUUGUACCAUUAUGAAAGGGUGAGUACUAAAAGUAAGUUGUUAAUUGGAUAAUUAUAAUUCCUCUGUACCUUCAGCCUGUGAAACCCCACAGCAGCAAGUGACUACACUGGUUUUAUAAGCAAUUUGGUCCCAAUGUGGGCUUUGUAACAUUUCUCAAAAAAAGAAAUUGAAGUGUUGAGUUUGUAGCAAAUACUAAUCUGUGUAAAGAAAAGUGGAAAACUGGCAUAUUUUAAGCUUUUAUUUUUUUCUUUUUUACAUCUAAAGUGUGUAAUUCUGCUCCAGUAUGGUGGAGAUGGCUCUAAUAGGCUACUGUACAUGUAUAACAUUGCUCUCCUUCAUAGGGUGGGUGGGCUGGUCAUUUGAACCAGGGGCGACAUUCAAAAGGGAUUGGGUGCUGAUUUUUGUAUGAUGGAGAGACAAACAUGCUACAAUUGAAACUUUUUCUCAAGUGUUUUUUAUUCCAAUGUCUCUGUAUCCUUUAAUGUAUCUUGAUAAGAAAAGAAAUAAAGAUUUUUCUUUCUUCGUGGUCA